AUCCAGACAAACAAAACCCUCCCAAAGUCUCUGUCCCCAAAAUCAAGCUCACCAGUGCCACCAUGUCUCUAGUAGCAGGCUCCGAUGAGCGCUUCAUCUGGGGCUUCAAGCUCUAACCUUUCAAACAUGACCCAUCCACCCAAAGCAUAACCUUAACCCAGCUAUUCUCCUACUGUCCUACCCUCCCACAACGGCCCUAUCACCACCGUUGCCGCAGCUGGGCCUGCUUCCGCCUCUGGCUCUCUGAUGAUACCAUCCAUAUCUUCGACCGCCCAUCUGCUGCCUCCCUUGGCACCCUUCACCACUUCUCCUACUCCGUCACUUCCCUCCAUCUCCAUCUUUGAUACCGAACCGUUCGUUCUACUCAAGUCUUUUUGGGCGCACAAGAAGGGAAUCAACAAUUUCUCUGUGCACCCGUCCGGUAAGCUGGCUCUCAGUGUUUCGCGCGAUGGGUGUCUCGCUAUGUUCAAUUUCAUACGAGGAAAGUGGAGCUUUUGUGGCAGGUUUGGAAGGGAGGCAACUCUGGUUAAGUUUGAAGUAAGUGGAGAGAGUUUCUUCAUGAUUUCUGAAAAGAAGGUUGGAGUUCAUGUGGCUGAGGAUGCAAGAUUGUUGUUUGAGUUAGAAAUUAGGAAACGGGUCCUCUGUGCUGCUCCCGGGGACGUUAGUUCGUGAGGUCGACGUGGUUUUUUAGUCUUUUUCUUUUUUUGUUGACAUUUUUCUUUUCUCUGUUCAAUUGGAUCUGUGUUUAGGAAAAAGUGUCUUGCAAUUCAGACUAAACAACACUAACUCUUGAUUUUGGGCCUCUUCCAUGCAAUGAUCCUGGUUUUAAAAUCCAGUACAAUCCACUUUGUAAAACAGGUUUAUGAAGAUCAGACACAUAUAAUGGAUCAUGUGUACCAAAAAAAAAAUAUAUAUAUUAUUUAGGAUCUUGAACUGCUCCUAAUGCAGGUCAAUUCGUUGUGUACACAUUUUGCUGUUUUAUUUAUGCCUGUUACCUUACUUUCAACCUUGGAAGGCAAAUUACUUUCCCAGAGUGGAAUUUUGUUCACUGGUGGUGAGGCAUAUAAUUGCAGCAUGGAAUACAAACAGUGGAAAGGUGGUUUAUUGCAUUGAGAAUGCUCAUUCUACCUGUGUACAAGGUGCUGUCAUGCUCACUAACAAUGAUGGUGAUGUUACAUUGUUACUGGUGAGGAUCCAUAUUUAGUAGCAUCUGCAUGAUCAGAUGGAUAUAUUUGUGUUUGAGAUGUUUGCGUGGCCAUUAAGGAGAAGCCAAGUCCAUUGGCAGGGUCUUCUUUGAAAUCUUCCAAACAACCACAAAUUGUAAAACAAACCACCAAAGUGGAGUAUAAUGUAGCAAUUGUUGCUGAGGCUCUAAGUUAUGCUCCUCAUUUGGGUCCAGUGGUUCACCAAAUUUUGGCAGUUGGGAAAGUUGUUCAUAUUUUUCAUUUUGGUAGAAUUUUUUCUUUAAAAAAAAAAAAUUCUUUUGAUUAUUUUCUAAUCAAAAUUUCAGUCAUGA